GAGCUAACAGAUCGGUCGAAAAUAUACGCGGUUAGCUAGCCUUUAAGUUAAUAACAGAGCCAGACUUGUUUUCACACAAACUAAAAGAAGCACUAUGGAAACAAAAAAGAAAAGUAGUAUGUUGCCCAACGCAUCUUCUCGAGCAAUGCAUAAGUCAGUCUCAGGACUUCAUCCUGUCAGCCAAGGCUCAAGACACAUGUUGAGCUUCACUGGGUCACACAGCCGAAGAAGUUCCAUCAUGGCCGGUGGCAGCAAUAGGAAACACAGGAGCCUGGAGAAGACCACCGAGCAAGCCCCCAGGAGAGUAAAGGUGUUGGACGAUCAUGGCCAUGAUGUCGCUCCUCAGCAAGUGAAUGAAGCAGAGCCAGGAGACAUGAAGGCCAAACCAGACAGAAUCAUCCUGGACGAAAUCUUUUCCAGCUCAGGAUCGGACCACUUUAAAUCCACUUCAAGCUUCAGUGUGCAUGCUUUGAGCUCAAUUUGGGGUAGCACCCUCCCUUCUAGCCAGUCUACCUCAGCGUCACUGACUGAGGAUUGUUAUUCUAAACGGGACAUACCAAUAAACCCUCCAGCUACAAGCGAUGUGCCUAGGAAAGGAGACAAUGUCAAACACGUUGUGACCGAGGAGAUGUUGGAUGAGGAAGUUCACAUCUGCCUCUCUGAGACAGAAAUAAUUUCACUGCUGGAAAUCCCCUGCACCUUUAUGUCAGAGGACGCUGAUGAUGCAGAAGCUAUGAAAGAAAAAAACACUCAAUAUGCUGAGCUCUGCAGGAACAGAAUGGGUAACGAUAAGUAUGUGGAACGAUCGAUGCAGACAUCCAAUGGAACAACAAAAAAGAUGCGGAUCCAGACCGACAAGAUUGAGAUGGUGGAAGAAGGCACGAUGGCUUCUAUCUGGGACAUCUAUGACUCUUUCUGCGUCCAAAAUGAAACCCAAAAAAAGGAAAAGGCAGACAACACAGAAACAGCUGUGAACACCAUCAAAGGUCAAGAGAAGAGAUCAGAGAAGAGCAGCAGCAGCACACUCUGCACAGGCAGCACAGUUAGCUCAGCGUUAGAAUUGGAAAUGAGCGAGAACAGUUCGAACACGGAGGCUAACUCACAGCUGAUCCUGUUGUCAGAGACGUUUGAAAAAAGCUUAUUAGUGAUGGAGAGGAUCGUCUUGACAAACGUCUUUCAACCCAGGCUGGCUGCGUACAGACAGCUGCCCAUACUAGAAGACCCUGACAGCACAGUGAAGCCUGGGAUAGAGGAACAGAGCGACAGGGGUGAGGGGAGCUCUUCAUCUCCAACUCUUGAGCGUCUCUGGGCUUUCAGCUGUGAACUCACCAGAGGACACAACAUCACCUGCAUGGCCUGGAACAAGCACAACCAGGAUAUUCUGGCAGUGGGAUACGGUGACUGUGACCCUGAGACCCAGACGCCAGGUCUGAUCUGCUGCUGGUCCCUCAAAAACCCCACGUGGCCGGAGCGAGUCUUCCAGUGUAAGUGUUGUGUGACGUCUCUGGAUUUCUCCGCCAAUAACCCCGGCCAGCUGGCUGUGGGGAUGUUAGACGGCACUUUAGCCAUCUACAAUGUCCAGAGGAGGAACAUCCCAUGUAUCACCGACAGCAGUGAAUGUCACAAAAAGCACCUGCACCCAGUGUGGCAGGUCAGCUGGACCAAACAGGAGAUGGCGCUCUCAGGCGAGGACAGGGUGGAGGCUCUGGUUGCUGUGUCGGCAGAUGGCAGGGUCACCAAGUGGCUCCUCUCCAGCAAUGGUCUCGACUGCAUAGUGCGGAGGUGGAGCACAGGAAGAACACUGGAGAGACACACACACACAGGCAGGCAGGCAGACAGACAGACAGGCUGAGAGUUUAUUUGUUCUGU